AUGGGAUUUGAGAGUGUGGGUUUGGUGGGGUGGGGGGGAUGGGUGGGUUGGGUUAAGGGAAAUGGGGGGGGAUUAGGGGGGGGGUGGAUUGGGGGGUUAUUGUUGGUUUUGUUUGGGGGUGGUUGGGGGUGGGGUAAUAUUGGGAUGGGGGUUGUGUUUUGGUUGUGGGGGGGGUUGAGAGUGGGUUGGGGGGGGGUGGGGGGUGGUGGUGGUUGGGAGUGGGUUAUGUUGGGUUUGGUUGUUUUUUUGAGGGGGGGUGUGGGGGGGGGGGUUUGGGGGUGGUGGGGGGGUGGAGGGGGUGAUUUUGUUGUUUGUGGGGGGGGGUUGGGGGUUGUGGGGGGUGGGGGGGGGGUUGGUUGUUUGGGGGGGGGUGUUGGGGGGGAUGGGUGGGGUUUGUUUUUUUUUGGUUGGGGUGUGGGUUGGGGGUUUGGUAAGUGUGUUUUGAUUUGGUGA